GAAAGCUUCGCAGCUGUUUACAAAGCUUCGCAGCUUGUAAACAGCAAGAUGGCUACCGAGCUAAUCAACGUGCUGCAGUUAGCGGUCAGCAAAACACCCACAUUUGAAGACUAGAUUAGACAAUUUUGUCUGAAACUAGGAGUUCCUGCUACCUUUGUUGAACGCCUAGUUUUAGUACAUAUCGACAUUUUACCAAGAAAAAAAAUAUUCUUGGUGUAUUUAUUCGAAAAAGACAAAUACACUGAAGUUUGUCUCUCAUUGAGUGCGAAAAAGGAUUUUUCCGCUAUUUUUAAGGACUCUAAAUACGUUAAAUCCACUUUAGUUCAAGAAAUAAAAAUAAUGACUUAUUAACUGUAGACUGUUUUUUCAAUCUCCUUUUAUAUUUUCACGUUUCUCCUGAACCUAAUAUAAGGAAAGCCAACUUCCUCAAAAGCUGUUAAAACACAUUUUCUCAAGCGAUCAAUCGGAAGCGAACUUCAGGGUUGCGAAAAAGAACAUGGUGUUCAACUGCUGAAAUGUUUGCUAAAAAACAAACAAAAUGAAGCCUUAAUCCACUGUGUAAUGAGCCAGAUUAUUGAUCUAGUGUUUUACAUACAACAAACUUGCAUCCUGUCAACAUAAGGCUGCUGUUUUGGUGUUUUUGUCGUGUGACGUGAGAGAUUUCCGUUAAGAUUAUGUAGCUUUCAAGCUAAUUCCUGUGACCAUUGAAGAAUCUGACUCACUUGGUCAAACCGUAUGCCUCAUACAGCUGCAAUGACCACGUUUUAUAAUUAGUGAGCCCCCAGGAAGUGGACAGACCAGCAGAAACGCCUCCUCCUGCAGGGAAACCGGUUUGAGACGGCUGUCACUUGUAGAUCAGGAGGCGAGGCCUUGGAGGCAGCAUGCAUGUGAAAGAUAAGCUAUCAAAAUAUUUCAAGGACCUUGUUUUAACAACUCCACCUAGACAUACCCUGCUCAGUUAAAAAAAGACACCUCGGGCUUCAAUGCACGGUGGGCAAGAUGGGGGAGCGGACCGUUGGCGGCCCAGUGGCUGCGAUCUCUCCAGUGCAGCAGAUGCUGGCCUCUGGCACUGGAGCCCUCCUCACAUCUCUAUUUGUCACUCCGCUGGACGUUGUGAAGAUAAGGCUGCAGGCUCAGCAGACUCCCUUCCACCAGGCUUUGGGCCGUGAAUCCGCUCCAUGGGGUGGAGUCGGCCGCUCAUCCAAAUGGAAAUGUUUUCUGUACUGCAACGGCCUGAUGGAUCACAUCUACGUCUGCCAGAACGGAACCAGCUGCUCCAGCUGGUACCGAACGCCAACGCAUUUCAGUGGCACUCUGGAUGCUUUUGUGAAAAUUACCCGCAAUGAGGGACUCCGCUCUCUGUGGAGUGGGCUGCCACCAACGCUGGUGAUGGCCGUCCCAGCCACAGUGAUCUACUUCACCUGCUACGACCAGCUGAGGGACUUCCUGUGGUUGGGUUUGGGCCUCCAGGGCAGCCACGUUCCUCUUCUGGCCGGAGGGCUUGCCAGAUUGGGCGCCGUGACGGUCAUCUGCCCUCUGGAGCUGGUCAGGACCAAAAUGCAAUCCAGGAAGCUGAGCUACAGCGAGCUGCGCGUGUGCAUCCGCUCGGCGGUGGCCCAGGGCGGCAUGCUGUCGCUGUGGAGGGGCUGGGGACCCACUGUUCUCAGAGACGUCCCUUUUUCUGCUUUGUACUGGUUUAACUACGAACUGGUGAAGGCCCAGCUGUGUGAGCAGUACGCAACGCCGAAGGCCAACUUCUCCAUCAGCUUCACUGCUGGAGCCGUUUCUGGAGCCGUUGCUGCUGUCCUGACGCUGCCGUUCGACGUGGUCAAGACUCGGCGGCAGAUCCAACUGGGAGAGAUGGACUCUCUGGGAGUUUCCAGAAAGGGAACCACUUCCACUUGGCACAUCAUGAAGGAGAUCUGGUCUGAUUUGGGCUACAGAGGCCUCUUUGCAGGUUUUCUGCCCAGAGUGAUCAAAGUGGCGCCGGCCUGCGCUGUCAUGAUCAGCAGCUAUGAGUUCGGGAAGACUUUCUUCCAAAAGGUGAACCUGGAUCGACAGCGCCUGGCACCGUGAACUCCACCUGCAGGGGGUGCCGGUUGGCCUGGAAAUGAAAGAUGUACCUCCAACCUUCCUGCAUGCCUGAUAACACAAAGUGUUAAGGAAAAGUUUGGCGCUUACUUUUAGACAUUUGGACUCAUCUGUGAACCGGAACCCGCUCACCCGCUGUGCAUGGCAGUGGCACAAACUCAAGACUGAAACUUGAUCCGUACUGUAGCAUGAGGUCCAGAUAAAAUACUUUACCACAUUUUCUGUUGUCCUGUUGCCGUAAAACAUGACAAUUUUUGCAACUAUCUGCUGUGUAGAUAACUUUGGAUGCGGAUUGAGUUAUUUUUCAUAUGCAACAAGAGACCUGUGGGUAGAGAUUGAAGCUCACUGAGAUCUUUCAGGAGAUUCUCAGAUCUUGGUGAGUGAAAACUUUAGACACUGGACCGGAAAAUGAAAAAAUGUUGAAGAAUGUAAAUGUUUUCUGUUUUAUAAAAAAAUGUAUUAAAAUGUUACAACCUG